ACUAUUGGAUAUUCUUUUGGUUGUAAACUCGAUUCUCGCGGCAGAAUAAUUUAAACGAUAACUCUUCCUUUCUUCAUUUGAAAUAGUCUACUUAUUUUAUUGUGAUUGUCCAUGUUGUGCAGAUGAAGCUCCGGUAAUUUUGGAAGAAGUUGUAGAAUUUUUAGGUGGGCUCAUCUGGCACACAGAUGGAAAAUGGCAAACUAGUUGCAUGACUGUCACAACCAUAAACCUGAGUUUCAGGAUUCUUUUAAAAAAGAAGUCAUGAAAAGACAGUCUGUUCCGAAAUUAUACUUUCUUUUCUAAACAUAGACAUGCUGCGAAUAAUUCCACUAAGGCAAACAUCCUGCCUACUACUUCGGAUCAAGCUCGGUGCAUCGGUAGCUCCUUUACGACAUUUUCAUCAAACAAUACCUAUCUUACGUAAAGGAGGUCUACCGAGAAAAGGAUCGAUCAUUGACAAUGCCGUCUGGAGAAUACUUUCCCCAAAGAGACAUCGACGUAUAGAAGAAGAGUUGGACAGAAAGUUGAAGAGCUUUAGCAAAAGUGUACACUUUCGAAGAGAAGCUAGCUGUUUAGGCAUAAAUACCAAACUAUUCCGAGAAAUAUCACAGUCAUUUGUAAAAGCCGUGGCUGCUGGAGAAAUACCUAGAUGUACAGUUAGAAAUCUUCUUUCAGGAUACACAGGGAAUGAUAUAUCAGCUUAUCUUGACAAAGAGCUCUUACAGUGUUUCCUUGAUUAUGCAAAACCUUUUCUACCAGAGGACAUUGUGGAUAAGGUCAAUUCGCUUCGAAAAAUCAGUGAUCUUCGAUAUCCAACAGAGUGGUAUCCUUUGGCUAGACAGAUGCAAAGAAAGAUUAUACUUCAUGUAGGACCCACCAACAGCGGCAAGACAUAUCAGGCAUUGCAGCGACUAGAAAGUGCGCAGAGCGGUAUUUACUGUGGACCACUGCGUUUAUUAGCCCACGAGAUCUAUGAUAAAAUGAACACAAAAGGCAUUCUUUGUAACUUGGUGACAGGGGAGGAAAAAAGAAUAGUAUCACCUUAUGCACCCUUGACCAGCUCAACUGUUGAAAUGGCACCAUUAGGAAGGCCGAUGGACGUAGCGGUUGUCGAUGAAAUUCAGUUGAUAGCCGAUCCAUUUCGUGGAUGGGCAUGGACAGCGGCUCUUUUGGGAUUGGCAGCAAAAGAAGUUCACCUGUGCGGUGAGGAAUCAGCUGUGCCUUUAAUUCAAAGGAUCUGUGAGAGUCUGAAUGAGGAAUUGGUAGUGAACAAAUAUCAGCGUCUUACUCCUUACAAAGUGAGCAACAGAUCAUUAGAAGGUGAUUUGAGUAGAAUUACAAAAGGAGACUGCGUUGUCGCCUUUUCUCGACGAGACAUAUUUAAUUAUAAGAACAAAAUCGAAGCUACCACUGGACUCAAGUGUGCUGUAGCAUAUGGCGGUCUUCCUCCAGAAACUAGAGCUCUUCAAGCAAAGGCAUUCAAUGACCCUGACAGUGGAUUCGACGUAUUAGUAGCUUCAGACGCGGUUGGCAUGGGCUUAAAUUUGAAUAUCAAGCGUAUCAUAUUUAGCACAACGCAUAAGUUUAAUGGGGCAGAGAUGGAACGUAUUAGCUUUCCACAGUUGAAGCAAAUUGCUGGACGUGCAGGCAGGUUUGGUACAGCUUAUGGAAAUGGAAUUGUUACCUCCUUACAUCCCAGAGAUCUUUCAUAUAUUAAAGCGGCCGUUGAAUCUCCUAUAGUUCCAUUAGAGACAGCUGGUUUGCAACCCACUGUGGAAAUGUUGGAGCUCUUUGCUUCCCAAAUGCCUAACCAACCCUUUUCGUCUAUAAUUCAAAAAAUUGAAGACUUCGCGUCAGUUACCGGAGACUAUUUUAUGUGUAACACCAAGGAUAAAAAGGCCAUUGCCGAUAUAAUAGAGGAUAUUCCGUUAGAAAUACGAGAUAGAUUCCAAUUUGCAACAGCACCUGUGAGCAUAAGAAGUGAGCCUUCAAUGGCAUUGAUUAAAACGUUGGCAAAAAAAUUCAGUCGACAGGAAACAUGCGAUUUAGAGGAAAUUGUAGAAUUACCAGAUACACCACCCAUUAACCCAGAGCAUUUAGUAGACUUAGAAGAAAAACAUAAGCAAAUCAUAGUUUAUAUGUGGUUAAGGUAAAGAUGCUUAUAUGCUUUGUGCGCUAUUGUGCCAAUAUAUCUUGCUUGAUUAUAGUGUACGAUAUCCUGAGAUAUUUACUACAGAACAAGAAACUGCUGUAGAAAUCAAGACUCGAUGUGAAAAGCUGAUUGACGAGGGGCUGAAGGUAUCUGCAGCCAAUAAAAAGGAGCAUAGAAAAAGAUCAAGAGCCAGUCGUUCAUUCGAAUAAAAACUAGAUUAUAUAUCUUCAUAGAUAUUAUAUUUGAUAUUAUUGUCUUAAACAAAUUAUUCAAACAUGGAUGAUAUAGUAACCAUUGCAUUUGAAGCCUCAAUUAUCUCUAUAACAGAUCUGUAAUUGUACACUCUUUUCCGAAA